AUGGCCACCAAGUUUGGAGGUCUUACCUUGGUUGAGAAGCUAGAUAUAAAAGUUGGAUGGGGUCGAGGAUUUGGUCUUUUGGGUUCCAUUUUUGGAAAAGAUGGUGUAUUAAACCAGCCAAACAGUGUCUUUGGACUUAUAUUUUAUAUACUACAGUUAUUACUUGGCAUGACGGCCAGCGCAGUUGCAGCUCUUGUUCUCAUGACCUCCUCCAUCGUGUCCGUGGUGGGGUCUUUGUACCUGGCCUACAUUCUGUACUUUGUGCUGAAGGAGUUCUGCAUCAUCUGCGUCACCACAUAUGUGCUGAACUUCAUCCUCCUUAUCAUCAAUUACAAACGACUAGUUUACUUGAAUGAGGCUUGGAAGCGACAGCUGCAGCCUAAGGAAGACUGACGGCUGGCGGAUUCCCACUCGACUGUCUCAAACACUUCUUUCAUUAAGUUUAUUUUGCAAGUUUUUUUUUUUUUAAAUUCACAACAGACACUUUCCCUGAGAAUCUUAAACUGAUUUUUUAAAAAAUACUGUAAAUUAGAAGGGGCCCUAGCUAUUUUCUGUGUCAAUCUUCAUUUUAAAUCCGGAUACAAAAAAGGAUACACCGAGCCAAUCAAAGACAAGCUUUAACUUUACCUUGAAGAUGUUUCUGAGAUAAUAAAAUGUAGCCCUUGCCCCCAGUCCUUAACCGUAAAGUGAGCAGCCAUUGCUAGUAAUUCUUUAAUGUGUAAAAAUUCAAUUUCAGGUAUAACAAAUGUGAUCAUGAACAUGAAAAUAUUUUAGAAUAGAUACUGUAUUAAAUAUUGCCAUGUUUACAACAUGUAAUAUGUUUUUAGCUGAUGGAUUUAAACCUGUAGAUUCAAUUAGAGUCCAUUCAUGUGAUAUUUGUAAAUAAAGGUAGAAACAUUGGAUCCACCCCUGCAGAACUUACUGUACAGUUGAGUUGAAGUGUAGCAAUGAGGAAUUGUCAGCUCAUGACGACUGAUGCAUAGUGGAGGUAGUAGACACCGACAGAACAUCUCGGGAAAUGUGCUGACAGCCCUGGUACGAGGUUGACAGCAGAAACAGUAGGGUGCUUGGUUCCCUGCAUCUCCUACUCUGAGAGGAAGAAGUUAAAUUUGAACAUCCAAUUUGAAUAAAGCUGGAUGGAUCCUAACUGUUUAGGAUGUCAUGUGACCAGACCUUUAAUUCCAAGGCUUUUGGGACACUGAUGGUAGGAAAUGGAGAAUAACUGAAACCACCAUGGCAUUUUUGGGCAAAGCCUCUUAAACAGUAGCUGACCUUUCAAUACAGAUGUGUUCCUUUGAAACUGGUGCCAGUCCGCUCAGCAGUAUUAGGACUGAAAUAAGCACAAGCCAAGUGCUCCAAGGUUGGUCCAUAGUGUUUCCUUUCUCAUUUCUUCUGCACCAAGGAUUGUCAGUGUUUCAGAAUCACAUAUUGAAUUUGUAAACCUUAGGGCUGACACGAGGACCGGUUUGCUGACUCAGAAGAAACACAACACAUAGAAAGACCUGAAAGUGAGACCUAGAGACUUUGUCCCACUCCAGUAGCCACACAGCAGCAGUGAGAAGAAACCCAGAGGUGAUCUGAAUAAACCUGGAGGACAUGGUGACUGUGUUUCUCUGGUUAGCAUCUUACAGGAGAUGUUAAAAGUGCCUUCUGUCUUAAAUCUCAAACCAAAUUAUUCUGUGUGUUGGACUGGGGCAGAAGUAUCCCUCCUUUCAUUCCUUACCAUGAAACAGAGAACUUGCAUUCUACCAGAAGGGGCUGUGUGGCCAUUUUAUUCCUUGGGUUGAGAAGUAGUGGAAGUGUUUUUGUUUAUGAUUUGGUUAAUCAUUAUUUUAAAAAUAGACAACUAGAUGGCAAAUUUGGAGACCUUUUAUUUGCCUUCUUUUUGGAGGGAGGGAACAGACUUUGCUUUGUAAAGAACAGUCAGCAGUUGAGUGGUUUACGCCCUUCAGUCACAACUGAUGCACUGUAGGAGUUCUGGCCCAGGGCAGGUAUAAAAUGUGAAUUGUAAUGCCCUUUUAGUAGGUUCUAACCAGUUUCUUAAGACAGCUUAAUUCUGAUUUCAUCAAAGGUGUAUUUCCUCAAGAAUGUGAACAUUUCCAUGACUGUCUUACUAUGUACGCAUUGUUGUUGUCUUCGAAGUAGUUAAAGAACUUCUAGAAAGUACUGAAUGGUAUUUAUGGAGGACCAAGUCCUCAUGGGAAAAGUGUACAGUAAGAUCAUCUCGUACCCCUUCGUCCAGCUCUCCCAAGGCAGUGGAAAUGGCUAAUAGCCAAGAUUUCUGCUACUUACAUAUCAAGGCUGUGCUAAACAAGUCCCUUGGGUCCCAAUUCCAAAUGAUCUUUUCUAUCUUUUAUCACUCAGCAGAGUGGCGUUAAAGCUUGUCUUGACAUUACAGGUGUCUACAACACUUACUCAAGAAAAGGUGAGAGUGUCCCAUCCACCACAUCCGUCAUGGUUCCCCUUUGCUUUCCUAAGUCUUGGGAGUACUACCAUUAUAGAUUGUAUGAAUUUUUUGUUUGUUUAUUACAUUCCUGUGACCUAACAGAAUGAAUACCCUUUUCUCACUGAGAGUUAACAGGUGCUGUCUGAAAUAAGAAUGCCGAACUGUGUGCUGUGGUCCGUCAUUUGGGAGGUAGAAGCAGGAGGAUCAGGAGUUCAAGGUCAUCCUUGACUACAUAGAAAAUUAGAGACCAGCCUUAGCUAUAGCAGUCCCAUCCUUAAAAUAAAAGAAAGAAAAAGAAAAAGAAAGAAAAGAAGAGUUUGCUAAAGUAUAUGUUCUCAGUAAGCAACCCUAUUGUGUUUUAUUGGUAGUUUUGCCCUGAGGAAAUUCAGGUUCCUCUCUGUACCUUCUAUUAAACCUAGUAAAAUGGGGGAGAAAAUACUGUGCUAUAAAACUGCUAGUAUUAUUAUGACUCGUUCAGACUGAAUAUUUAAACACUGAAGAAGCUGGGUUUGACUGGGCAUAGUGUCACACACCUUGAAUCCCAGCAUUUGAGAGGCAGGGACUGGUGGAUCUCUGAGUUGGAGGCCAGCCUGGUCUCGAUAGUGAGCUCCUGGCCAACCAGGGUUAUAUAGUGAAACCCACAAAAUAAUAGUAAACACUGAAGCAGAGCUAACAACACAUGCGGAAGGGCAGACUAGCAGGACAGUGACUCUGACAGUAAUUCUGUGAAGCCUUUCACUCCACAGUGGUGGUGUUUGAAGGAAUACGAGAAGUUCUGCCUAGGCAUGCUCCAGGACUGUGGCUGGCCCUUCCCCACAGCUGCUUUCUAUCAGGAGGAUAAACUGGAACAACUCAGGUCUAACAAGUUGCACUAGCUGCAUUCCAGAAACUAUUUUUGCUUCAUGUAUGUAGCCUCUCCUUUGACUCUUUUGUUAUUGUUGUUCUUUUGUAUUUUUUUAAAGACACAUGAUCUCGCUCUGUAGCCUAGGCUGUCCUAGAACUCAGUACGUAGCUCAGGCUGGCUUCAAAGUUGGCAUUCCUCCUGCCUUAGCCUCCCAAGUGCUAGAAUGAGUGGUUCAAAUUUAUUAUAUGUAAGAAUGUUGAAAGACAUUGACUUUUUUUCAUAUAAAGAGAUAAAGCCCACUUGUCAUUCUUGCAGAGGACUUGGGUUCAGCUCCUAUCACCCACACGUCAGCUUAGCAACAGUCUGUAACUCCAGUUCAGGGGAUCCGAUGCCCUCUUCUGGCUUCCAAGGGCACUGCAUGCAUAUGGUGCAUAGACAUUAAUGCAGGCAAAACACCCAUACAUAUAGAAAAGUAUUUCAUUUGGUACAAGAUAUCCUUUACCUAUGAGGUAAGAUAGAGGACAAUGAGAUUAAUAUUGUUGCUUUUUUUUUGUUUGUUUUUAUUUAUAAUUAUUUUCAAAAGACUACAGUGAAAGUGUAGCCAGGCAUGGUAGCACAUACCUAUAAUCCCAGUACUUGGGAGGUAGAGACAGGAGGACCAGAAGUUCAAGGGCAACCUUGGCUUAUAUGAGACUUGUCUCACAAGCAAAAAUUAAAAACACUGCUCAGCAAUUACUUCCUAAGCUAUAGUUGGCACCAUCAGUUGAUUCUGAUGAAUACUGACAGGUGGUGGCUUUACCUUAAAAGUCAGGAAAAUGUCAGCAAAGCUCCUCACUGUCAUUUCCAGGAAGUGUUUGGGGAUAUGGAUUUUACCCUUCCCUGUGUUUUCCUCCAGCAUACAUCAGUGAGCCUGCCCCUCUACACCUUUUAGCAUUUGAGGCAGCACAUUUAUGAAUUCGAAUUUGUGAGUACAACCCUACAAUCAAAGGGCAGAGUAGGAUUCCAGGCACUUGAUCAAACAUCCCCUGCCCCCUUCUGAAACUAAUUGGCCCAGAAGAGAUGAACUGUUAUGAAGCUGUAUUGAGCAUGGCCUAAAUAAUAGGUGUAUAUGACCUGUGAAGUGUGUCCAUCUAAAAUAGUACUCAUGCUUUGAAAACUCCUGAGGAAACAUUCAUGUAAAAAGGCGUUCACUGGGAAGAUCCUUCUCUAAUACAGAUAAAAAUAUUCUUUAUCAGAGAUUUAGGACACCAUUUUGCUAACUGGUAAAUAAAAACUUGUAAAUAUGUAAGAAUGUUUAUUUGUUGCACAUAACUUUUUUGGUAUAAAAUAAAUGUAGACGUUACCUGUGGA